AGCCCAGCCCUGGGCUCCCUCCCACCCCAGCUCUGCUGGUGCCCCUCACUCAUGACCCGCAGCCCCCUCCUAGCCCAGCCCUGGGCUCCCCCCCAAGCCAGCUCUGCUGGUGCCCCUCACUCAUGACCCGCAGCCCCCUCCUAGCCCAGCCCUGGGCUCCCCCCCACCCCAGCUCUGCUGGUGCCCCUCACUCCCGACCCGCAGCCCCUCCCCCUGGGGUUCUGUGGAGUCUCAGGCUUGCUGGGCUGAGAACUGUCAUUUAUUCCUGCAGGGCUCUGUUGGGGGCCGGCCUCGCCCAGCCUGGGGGCUCUGCCUGACAGCCCCCACCCCAAGAGCUGGGAUGCAGCGGGGCGGGCGCCUGUCCCUGAGCUUCCUGCCCCCCCAGCAGGUGGCGCUCUCUGGGCGUGGCCGGGAUCUCUUCACCUUUGUCACCGUGGCCUCGUCCCACAUGAUGCGGACGCUGCAGAGACCCCGCAAGAGCCGCCCUGGCAAGCGGCGGGUGAACCACCGGCGGUUCCUGCACAACCAGAUCAGCAGGUGGGAGCCCUCGGGAGCUCGCAGCCCCUUGGGCACGGCUGGGGGGAAGCUUGCAGCCUCUAAGGGCACUGUUGGGGGGAAGCUCGCAGCCCCUUGGGCACGACUGGGGGGAAGCUCACCCUCUCAGGGCACUGCUGGGAGAAGCUCACACCUCCCUCAGGGCACUGCUGCAGAAAGCUCAACAGUCCCUUGGGCACGGCUGGGGGGGAAGCUCACAGCCCCUCAGGGCACUGCUGGGAGAAGCUCACACCCCCCUCAGGGCACUGCUGCAGAAAGCUCGCAGCCCCUUUGGCGUGGCUGGGGGAAGCUCACAGCCCCUAAGGGCACUGCUGAGGGAAGCUCACAGCCCCUCUCUUCUCUCCCCAGGCAAUUCACUGACAUUGAAGCCUCGAUGCACCGCCUGGCCUCCUCCAUCCUGGCCCAGGAGGCCCCAAGGGACCCUGCGCCCCCCGCAGAACCCCGGCAUCCUGGCCCAGAGCCUCCUGCCCCAGCUGCCAGCUCCUUCCUGGGCGUGGCUGAGGCCUCUGUGGCCCCGGAACCGGGGCCUGGCUGGGGCCUGAGCAUGGCCUCCCUGACCCCUGACCCCAGCGACCUCUUUGACCCCAUCACCAGCCCGGAAGAUCUGGGGCUGCCCCCCAGUUGGGCCCCAAUUACCCACAACCCCCUGGAGCCUAGCCAGUGUCCCCUGCCCUGGGACUCCCUGCCCACCCCGGGCACGGAUGGUGCCCCCCUCUGGGCCCCAGAUCCCCUUGGCUACCUGCCCCCCGUCACCCCGGCGUACCAUGUCGGAGUGGCGCCAGGGGGGUGGUAA